AAGAUGGCCGCCCUGUUGUUUUGAUGAAUAAUACUUGGUGGGGCGAGGGGGUAAGAGUCGGGGUGGAGGGGUAGGAGGAUUUACUCUUCCAGCGUGAGCAUCGCGCAUCCCAUCCUCCUCCUCUCCCCAGCCCAGGCUCUGGCGUGGCGGCGGGGCGUGUCCGGCCUGCUCUGGGAAGGGGAGGGGCUUGCCUAUCCGGGGCUGGGCUCUGCCCGGGCGGCUGUGGGGUCGCCUUACCUCGGGGCACCCACCUCUGCAGUUCAGGAGUUCCCGCCAGGGGCCCAGGGGCAGCGAGGCGAGCGGGAUCGGCUGGGAAGGGUCGCAGCACGCUGGGGGCACGAGCCGAGCCGGGCACCGCGCUGCCUCGCCCGGGCAUCUGGGAAGCAGGGGGUGCUGAGUGGCGCCCUGAGACCCCCGGAGCAGCGGCCGGGGCCGGAGGCUGGCACCUGCGGCGGUGCGAGGCUCGGGCGAGGGGAGCGGCGGCAGCCCAGGCGGUCCAGUGCCUCGUGUUCUUCUUUUUUAACCUCUGACUAUGCAAUUCUGAAACCUCCCCCACUCGGGGGACCCGACGGCCUCUGAUCGGCACCUUUCGCGCUGCUGGCUGCCGCCCUGGUCUCGAACGCACAAGGACCUCUUCUUUCUCACGCCUGUCACCAUUAAGAGGAAGGCGAUGGAGGAGCUGAGCGCUGAUGAGAUCCGUCGGAGGCGCCUUGCACGACUUGCUGGCGGACAGACCUCCCAGCCGACCACCCCGCUCACCUCUCCGCAGAGGGAGAACCCUCCGGGGCCUCCCAUCGCCGCCUCAGCCCCAGCUCCUUCCCAGGGCCUUGAGCUCAAUGUCCACAACAUGACCCCAGCUACCUCCCCGAUAGGUGCAGCAGGAGUGGCCCACCGCAGCCAGAGCAGUGAAGGAGUCAGCUCUCUGAGCAGCUCGCCCUCCAACAGCCUGGAGACCCAGUCUCAGUCCCUCUCCCGUUCCCAGAGCAUGGACAUCGACGGCGUCUCCUCCGAGAAAAGCAUGUCCCAGGUGGAUGUGGAUUCAGGAAUUGAAAAUAUGGAGGUUGAUGAAAAUGAUCGGAGAGAGAAGCGGAUCCUCGGCGAUAAGGAGCCUUCCUCGGGCCCCGAAGUGUCCGAAGAGCAGGCCUUGCAGCUGGUCUGUAAGAUCUUCCGCGUCUCUUGGAAGGACCGUGACAGAGAUGUUAUCUUUCUUUCUUCUCUCUCUGCGCAGUUUAAGCAGAAUGCGAAAGAAGUUUUCUCUGAUUUUAAGGACUUGAUUGGCCAGAUUUUAAUGGAAGUGCUAAUGAUGUCCACUCAGACCAGGGAUGAAAACCCCUUCGCCAGCCUGACGGCCACGUCCGAGCCCAUCGCCACGGCAGCUCGCUCGCCAGACAGAAGUCUGCUGCUCAGUACUGGCUCUGCCGCCGGGACGAGCCCCAUGUUCUGCAGCGUGGGCUCCUUCGGGAGCAGCUCUUUGUCUAGCCUCUUUGAAACUAGCCCCGCCCCCACAGGCAGUUUCUGGAGCUCUGCGUCCGUGCCAGCUCCAUCCUCUGCCUCCCCGUCACGGGCAGCCAGCCAGGCGGCCGUGCCUUCUGCCUCCCUCAGCCCUCACUGCACAGCUGCUGGAGCCGGUACAGGAAGCCAGCCCUCAUCUCCCCGCUACCACCCCUAUACUAUCACCCACUCCGGGGUGACUGCCCCCUGCUCAGCCCCCAGGUCCUCCAGCACCUCCAUCGUGCCCAGUUCCCCAAGCCUCCGUGGCUCUGCCAGUAGUCCCCAGGCAGUGCCCGUCAGCAGCUCCGGACAGAGGCCUGGCAGCAUGGGCCCACCCCUCCCACCUGCCUCCCCGAGGGCUGCAAGCAGACGUUCGUCCUCCGUGGGGACCUCCCCUAGCUUGGGAGCCUCUGCUGGAGCGAGUAACUGGGAUUCCUACAGCGACCACUUCACCAUUGAGACCUGCAAAGAAACAGACAUGCUGAACUACCUCAUCGAGUGCUUUGACCGAGUCGGGAUCGAGGAAAAAAAAGCACCAAAGAUGUGCAGUCAGCCAGCAGUCAGCCAGCUGCUGAGCAACAUCCGUUCCCAGUGCAUCUCCCAUACUGCGUUGGUGCUGCAGGGCUCCCUCACGCAGCCGAGGUCCUUGCAGCAGCCGUCCUACCUAGUGCCGUACAUGCUGUGUAGGAACCUUCCCUACGGCUUCAUGCAGGAGCUGGUGAGGACCACGCACCAGGAUGAAGAAGUGUUCAAGCAGAUCUUUAUUCCCAUCCUACAAGGCCUGGCCCUCGCUGCCAAAGAGUGCUCCCUCGAUAGCGACUACUUUAAGUACCCCCUCAUGGCAUUAGGUGAACUCUGUGAAACCAAGUUUGGGAAGACACACCCUGUGUGCAGUCUGGUCGCCUCCUUGCCGUUGUGGCUGCCAAAGCCCCUGAGCCCUGGUGCUGGGCGGGAGCUGCAGAGGCUGUCCUACCUGGGGGCCUUCUUCAGCUUCUCCGUCUUCGCAGAGGACGAUGUUAAAGUGGUCGAAAAGUAUUUCUCAGGGCCUGCCAUUACCCUGGAGAACACUCGCGUCGUUAGCCAAUCCCUGCAGCAUUACCUGGAGCUGGGAAGGCAAGAGCUCUUCAAGAUCCUGCACAGUAUUUUGUUAAAUGGCGAAACCCGUGAAGCUGCCCUGAGUUACAUGGCCGCCAUUGUCAACGCCAAUAUGAAGAAAGCGCAGAUGCAGACAGAUGAUAGAUUAGUGUCAACAGAUGGAUUUAUGUUGAAUUUCCUGUGGGUACUGCAGCAGCUAAGUACGAAAAUCAAGUUGGAAACCGUUGAUCCAACAUAUAUCUUCCACCCGAGAUGCCGGAUCUCUGUGCCCAGCGAUGAGACGCGCGUGAACGCCUCGGUGCAGGACUUGAACAGCUGGCGGGCCGAGCUCUAUGGAGAUCAGUCUCCGUUCUCUGAGCCGAAAUUCCCCACGGAAUGCUUCUUCCUCACCCUGCACGCCCACCACCUCUCCAUUCUGCCCAGCUGCCGGCGCUACAUCCGCAGACUCCGGGCCAUCCGGGAGCUCAACAGGACUGUGGAGGAUUUGAAAAACAACGAGAGCCAGUGGAAGGACUCACCGCUUGCAACCAGACACCGUGAGAUGCUGAAGCGCUGUAAGACCCAGCUCAAGAAACUGGUGCGCUGCAAGGCCUGUGCUGACGCCGGUUUGCUGGAUGAGAGCUUCCUGAGACGAUGUCUGAACUUCUACGGCCUUCUCAUCCAGCUGCUGCUCCGCGUCCUGGACCCCGCGUACCCCGACAUCACACUGCCUUUAAAUCCAGAUGUCCCCAAGGUCUUUGCAGCAUUGCCCGAGUUUUAUGUAGAAGAUGUUGCUGAAUUUUUAUUUUUUAUUGUACAAUACUCUCCCCAGGUGCUCUAUGAGCCCUGCACUCAGGACAUCGUCAUGUUCCUCGUCGUGAUGCUGUGCAACCAGAACUACAUCCGGAACCCCUACCUGGUGGCCAAGCUCGUGGAGGUCAUGUUCAUGACCAACCCCUCGGUGCAGCCACGGACCCAGAAGUUUUUUGAGAUGAUUGAGAACCAUCCUCUCUCCACCAAGCUGCUGGUCCCUUCUCUGAUGAAGUUUUAUACCGAUGUGGAACAUACCGGAGCCACCAGCGAGUUCUAUGACAAGUUCACGAUACGCUAUCACAUUAGCACCAUUUUCAAAAGCCUCUGGCAAAACAUUGCUCACCAUGGCACCUUUAUGGAGGAAUUCAAUUCCGGGAAGCAGUUUGUCCGCUACAUCAACAUGCUGAUCAACGACACCACGUUUCUGCUCGAUGAGAGCCUUGAGUCUCUGAAGCGGAUCCACGAGGUGCAGGAAGAGAUGAAGAACAAGGAGCAGUGGGACCAGCUGCCCCGGGACCAGCAGCAGGCACGGCAGUCCCAGCUGGCCCAGGAUGAGCGUGUGUCCCGCUCGUACCUUGCCCUGGCCACGGAGACGGUGGACAUGUUCCACAUCCUCACCAAGCAGGUCCAGAAGCCGUUCCUCAGACCUGAACUUGGACCCCGAUUGGCUGCAAUGCUCAACUUCAAUCUUCAGCAACUCUGUGGUCCCAAGUGUCGUGAUCUGAAAGUCGAAAACCCUGAGAAAUACGGCUUUGAACCAAAGAAGCUGCUGGACCAGCUCACGGACAUUUACCUGCAGCUGGACUGUGCCAGAUUCGCUAAAGCCAUUGCCGAUGACCAGAGGUCCUACAGCAAAGAGUUAUUUGAAGAAGUCAUUUCCAAGAUGCGCAAGGCAGGGAUCAAGUCCACGAUCGCCAUCGAGAAGUUUAAACUCCUUGCCGAGAAAGUGGAGGAAAUAGUGGCCAAGAACGCACGCGCAGAAAUCGACUACAGCGACGCCCCGGAUGAAUUCAGAGACCCUCUGAUGGACACCCUGAUGACAGACCCCGUGCGGCUGCCCUCGGGCACCAUCAUGGACCGCUCCAUCAUCUUGCGGCACCUGCUCAACUCGCCCACGGACCCCUUCAACCGGCAGCCGCUGACAGAGAGCAUGCUGGAGCCAGUGCCAGAACUGAAGGAGCAGAUCCAAGCGUGGAUGCGGGAGAAGCAGAACAGCGGCCACUGAGGUGGCCCCGCGCCCACCCCCGUGGGAACAGCGGAGGCGAGUGAGGAAGCGGCCCGAGCCGCAGCCCGCGCGGAGCACCCGGUGCCCAAGGGGCCAAGGGCGGCGGCCGACCGGCUCCUGUACAUAUAUUUAAGCGACAGAUGGACAGGCGAGCAGGGCGGCGCCCCCACCGCACCAGGCGCAGGCGGCGCAGGGGCGCCCUUCUCUCCUUUGAACCCCGUCUCUGGUGAUUUGGUUGUGAUUCAAGAACCCUGGCCACGUUGCUGCUAGCUUCCCCACCCACCCGGCCCUGUCAGUCUGGGGUGGGUGUAUUUCUUUGUUGUUGUUUUUUGGGGUCUUCUUUUUUUCCCUUAUUUUAAGAGAAGCAAAAAACACCCCAGCCCCGUCCCGCCCACCACGUGCACCUGUCCGAGAACUGUGCCUGCGACGAAGCACUCAUCCUGGGAUGGUAUUUUUAUAUAUCACAUACACAUAUUCGUUUUUUUAAUUGGUGUUAGAUAACGAUUAAUAAAAAAAAGGCAAGAUAUUUUCAGAAUUUGAAUUUCUUUUUUUUUUUUUCUUUUGGAAUGUCCCCCUUGAAUUUUUUUUUUCUCUUUUUUUAAACGAUGAACAAAUGAAGAGACUUUUGUCGCCCCUGGUCCUUGAAGCAAGCCUUGUGUAGGAAGUGAGGGGCCCUGUGGCCACGGGCCUCCGGGACCAGCGGUGUUGGCGGGGACAGGGAGGAGGUUUUUGAUGUCCCUGGCAGCCGGAAGCCGUGGGUGAGCCGGAAGCCUCUGCUGCUUGGCCUGGGACUCCAAGGCAGGGUUCCUGAUGGAGUUUGGCCUUACCAAAGCGAAACAGGUGCCAGAAUCGGGGGAGGAACACACACACACACACACACACACACACACACACACACACACACACACGGCCACCGCACGCGUGCGCACAAGCCGAACACUUUUUGUAUUACUGCUCCCGGCUCAACAUACUUGAAUUCCUGAAUUUCCUUUGGGGUACAAAAGGAUUUGAAACCAUAAAGUGUUCUGGAGAAAUUAAGUCUACGAAAACAUUUUUUUUCUUUUCCCCCCUUCCACAGACAAUGUCCUCUGUUGAGUCCCUAGCGACCACAAUAAAUGGUGAGACACCCAGAA